AUGUCUGACACGGUCCGACGUCUUCCUUGGGGUGCGGAAAGGCACAUACGUUCAACAUUUACUAUUGAUCCAACAUCAUCUCUCGAUCCCACAAUAAAACCAGGAGAAUAUACAUUAAAUGUACUUUUAAAUCAAUUUUUUAUCACUGCGGAAACACGUAUUGCUGACGUCUGCUCGGAAAGUAAACAGCAUAUACCACUUAAUCAAUGUUUGAGACGUGGUGAUGAUGUUAAUUUUGAUCAAUUACUUGAUGUAAUUCAAUCAAUAUCUGAACAUUCACUACCAUCACUUGUACGCAUUACAUUCGAAUGGUUUCGUCAUCAUAUCAACGAUGAUCAGUUGAAGUUACGUGCAACAAAGCCAACAACAACAACAGCACCUGGAUUCAGGGAUAACGAUUGGCUUGAAGAACGUCGACAACUUACUGUACAUUUUAUAUUUUGUCUAAUUUUGAUUGAUGUUCUUAAACAGUUGUCAUUCCAUCCGGGCUUCGAUAUAUCUAAUAUUGAAGAUCAAGCUUUUAAAUGGUUUCGUUGUAACGAAAAAUUUAAUGAUAUGACAUCAACACAACCCAAUCAACUCAAUUAUCAAACAAUUUGUGAUCUAUAUGCUGAAGUUGUUGGUGUAUUAGCUCAAAGCCGCUUUCUAUCAGUUAAACGACGUUUCAUGCUUGAACUAAAUAAUUUACGAAAAGAACCUGCUAGUCCAUCAGUCAAUGGAAAUAUUAUUAAUCUUAAUACUGGCAUGAGAUUUUUUCGUGUGAAAAUGACACCCGUUGAACAUUUUGAAGCUUGUUUUCAAUUUCUUCUUGAUUUAGCAAACUAUUUUCUUGAAGUACGAGAACGUGAUAUUAAAAAUUCAUUAGCAAAUUUAUUUGUUGAAAUUCUACUACCAGUUGCUGCGGUUGUGAAACUUGAAAUGAACAUUCCAAUAGUGCGAAAUUUUGUCGAUCUAUUAUAUUCACAUGUUUUCGAUCUAUGUUCAAAAAACAAGCAUCGCUUAGUUAUGUUUCCACUCAUGACAUGUUUAUUAUGUAUUAGUCAACGACAAGUAUUUUUCACGAACUGGAAUAAAUUCAUGUUACUUUGUCUGGGUAAUCUGCGGGGUGAAGCAAAACUGGCUCGUAUAUCAUUAGAAUCAUUGUAUCGACUUGUUUGGGUUUAUAUGGUUCGAUUUAAAGGUGAAAAUGUUAAAACGACAAAUCAACAUUUAACCUGUAUUGUCAAUAGUUUAUUCCCGAAAAGUUUUAAAGCAUUGACACCCAAAGAUAUUCCAUUAAAUAUUUUUGUUAAAAUUAUUCAUUUUAUAUCACAAGAAAAAUUAGAUUUUGCAAUGAAAGAUAUUAUAUUCGAUUUACUUAGUGUUGGUCGAUGUCGAAAUUUAAAUCCUGAACGAAUGAAUGUUGGCUUACGAGCAUUUUUAGUUAUAGCUGAUAGUUUAGCUCAAAAUGAAGAAGAGCCUAUGAUGCCUCUUCAUAAUGUUACAUUUCCAUCGGGACAUACAUUACGUCCACGACGUAUAUGUACAAAAAUGAUAAGUGAUUCAAUAGUAAAAGAAAUCGGUUUACAAAAUUAUUAUGAACCAAUUCGUAAAACAUUUGAUACAAUACUUAAAAUGCUUGAUACACAAGUGGGCAGAUGUUUAUUAGUAACACGGCCGGAUAAUGCAAAUAAAGAUACUGAUGAUUUAUUAAGUGGUGAUCGAAAGCCAAAAAUUGAUCUUUUAAGAACAUGUAUAGCAGCAUUACCACGUCUUUUACCGUUGGGUACAUCUCAAGAAGAAUUAAUUGAAAUGCUUGCUAGAUUAACUAUUCAUAUGGAUCAUGAAUUAGCUGUUCAAGCUUUUCAAUCACUUCAAUAUUUCGUUAUUGAAUUACCUGAAUGGCGAAAAAGUGUUUUUCGUGGUUUUACAAAUUUUAUCAUUCGUGAAGUAACUGAUCAAUUAAUGUUUUUAUCUGAUACGGGCAAGACAACAUUAGAUCGAUCAAUGCGUUUUCUACUACAAUUAUUACAACAAUGGAAACAUGUACUAAUUAAUUCGACAAAUAAACAAAAUAUGGGCGCAAAUAGUCAAUCGAGUUUAUCACAACAAACCGAUAUGGAAACAUUAGCUAUGGCAGAAGGUUUUGGAAUUAUUGCACUUUGUCAAACACAUCAUAGUCGACGAAAAUAUAGUGUUAUGAUAUUACGUGAAGUAAAAAAUAUUGCCGUAGCAUCAAAAUGUUUACAACCCAAUCAAGUUUGUUUAAUUGACAUCUUAGAUGCAGCUGUACCAACAGUUAUCGAAAAAAUAACACCAUCAUUAACGCUUCAAGAAAAAGCUAAUCUGUUAUGUAAUUCUACGGGUGACUUAUCAUGGCUUGUUGAUCGUUCAUCAAUGUGGGAUGCACAAGAAGAAACAAAAACGAUGCCAAUAUCUUCAGAUGUUAAUGUGACAACAAAUGUACUUCAAUCAACAACAUCACUUGUAACAUUAAAUCCUAAUCAAUCAACAGUGUCACCACUGAUGAAUGCAUCAUCAACAAACAUAACACCUACACCAUCAUUAGCUAUUAUUCCUCAAACACUACAAAAUCAACCGUCUCAAUCCCAACUAUCGCUAUCAUUACCAAAUUCAUUAUUGCAAUCAUCGAAUAAUUUACUUCUAUCAACGCAAACAAUGGCAGCUACAAAUUCAAAUGCAUCGACAGCCACAUUAGCUUCAACAACAACGCAAAAUACGACAAAUAAUAAUAAUCUAUCGAAUUCGUUAACAUCAAAUGAAUUAAACGCAAGAUUUGAUAUGUGGACUGAAUGUCUUGCGGAACUAUUUGUUUAUAAAAAUAUUCUUAAAUGUCAAUUGACACGCAUUGAAGCUUGGAGAAUGGUAUUUUUUCGUUUGACACAAUUAUUUCCCUAUGUUGAUCCAAACAGUCAAACAACGGAAAUUCGUUCAUCAUUUGUUUUUCGAAAUACGGAUAUUUUAAAGAAAAAUGAAAAAGAAUAUAAUUUAAAUUUAUGGAAAAAUUAUUUAAUUUGUGCUUGUUGUUUAACACUUUCUGGAACUGAAAAAUCACAACAAUUUAAUGUUGAUACAAGUGUUUAUCAAGAAACACAUCAGGAUUCAUCGAAAUUUUAUACACCAGCAUCCAAUACUGCUGUAUCAUUAUUUCGCAUUGUUGUAAAUUUACUUCGUUGUGAAACCAGUGAUAUGAGAGAAAUCGUUAUUCGUGGUCUUGGUCGAACGAAUCCUGAAGCAUUCAAAGAUUUAUUGGAAGAUUUAACAGUUCACAUAAAAGAUGGUAUGGAAAUUAAACCAGACAAAGUUCGCCGAAUGCGAAAACGUGAUUAUAUGCGAUUACGUUUAAUUCGUAUUUUUGAAUUACUAGCCGAUCGUGAAGUAUUUCGAUAUUGUUAUGCAAAUGAAACAGACCUAAAACAUCCAUCGUAUCACGUCUAUCAUGAUUAUCUUCAAAGUGCACUGAGCUAUCUUGAUCUUGAAAAUGAAAAAGACUCCGAUUUAAUUCAACAGAUUCGUCAAUAUUUUGCUCAAUUUGUUUAUAAAUUUAUUAAUCAAGUCCCUCAUCAAAUACGUGAAUCAUUAAUUCCACCACAAAUUCGUUAUAGUCUUUUUGAAUUAUUUCGCAAAUGGAGUGGAAAUUUAAAUAUUAUGCCUGUGUUCGCUUCGCCUAGUCAUAUACGAGAGCAACAACUCAAAGCAGAACCAUGUAGCGAAUUAGAAUUAAUUGCUAUUCGUGCUUGUGCAGCAACACUUUGUUGUGGUACAAUAAAAGAUGAAUGGUUUCAAAAGACUGUCGUCCCAUGGCUUGAUCAGUUCAUGGCAGCACAUGAGACAUGCCAAUUAUCGGUGACAACUCUUUAUCAACUACUUGAGUUGCAUGGUAAAACAACGAAUACAAUGGUUGUUGAAUGGGUUAUCGACCGAUGUUAUACGAAAUCAGUUCGUUUUAGUGAUCGAUGUUUUACUGCUCUUGCGAAAGUAUUUAUUGAAGUAGCCAGCGAUUAUCCAUGUGAUUUACCAUCUGUUUUAACAUUAACAUUAACUAAUGUUGGAUCACCACGAAUGCAUGUUCAUGAAUUAGCAUUACGAUUAAUGGUUGUUUUAUGUAAAGGACAUCUAAGUGAAUCUCAACCGACCACAAGCCAACAAUCGAAUGGAAUAUCAUCAUCAGAUGAUGUGGCAUAUAUUAUAUCUCUGGCUUCAAAUUAUUCGAAAAGUCAAAUGAUGCUUAGCGAAUAUUUAGCAAGGCGUCGACCCGAUUUAACUAUGGCAAUGUUUUCAGAAAUUACAACACGAAUUUUAACGGCCAAUUCAAGUUCACGAGGAACUUUAUUUAUGAUUUUAUUACCAUGGAUACAUAGUAUUGAACUUGUCGAUUCAUCACUGCCUAGAUGUGGUAAUGGACAUGAUGUUACAUUAAAUGAAGAGCAAGGAAAUGCAUUUCUACAAGGAACUGGUUGGGGUUCAGUACAAUCAACUGAACUUGUAUUGAAUAAUCUUUUCUAUUUGACAGCAACAUUUUCAUCUGAACAUGCAACUGAACUUGAAUUACUAUGGAAUGCAUUAACAGGAACUUGGUUACAUAAUUUAAAAGUAAUACUACGUUAUAUGUUAAUAAUGAUAACUUUAUCUCCAUGUGAAUUAUUACCAUAUGCAAAGAAAAUUAUUCUGUACAUGUGUAAAAAUCAUGAAGAACGUUUAUUAAAUGAACUGUUGAAUGAAUUACAGAUAACAGAAUCGUUAAAUAUUUCACUUGAACGAACCGAUACAUUACCCUUUUAUCGGUUUAAUAAUUCAACACCCACAUUUUUUAUAAAUAAUACAAGUACAACACAAUCAUCAGGAACGAAUUCAGUUCGAAAAACAUCAAAUAUGAAUGAACAUCGAGGAGUUCUGCAUACGAAACGUCACGAUAGUGGAGAAGAUAAUCUUCAACAAGAUAAUAUUUCAUAUUUGAGUACAAAUCACAAAAUGCGUACACUAUCACAAAAUAGUUUAUCAGCAAGUUUCAAUGAAAAAUUAACCACAGAUACCGAUAAAGAUCAUCCAGCGAUGGUACGCGUUGAUGAAUUUUUACAAGCAGCUCCUUUACCAUUGGCUCCAUACGGUGGUAUUGCAGCUCCAUUAAAAGCUCUUCUACCAGAAUUAUCUAUUCCAAUACCAUGUCUAUUUCGGUGUAGUAUCGCUAUAAUGCUUAUCAAUGAACUUAUUGUAAGCGGCCUUCAAAUUGAUUGGUCAGCUCAUUUGCCUCAAUUGUUACAUGUUGCUAUGCUUGGUAUGGAUCAUAAUCGAGCCAUUGUUUAUGAACAUUGUAAAAGUCUUGUAUUCAAUCUUUUACUUGCAUUCAGUGUUCAAUCAGAUCAAAUAUGGUUAAGCGAAAUGCUUCUUUCGCAUGUUGAUUGGGAUAAUAGUAAAUUAUCAACUAAGAUUCGUCAAGAACGUGAUUCCAAUGGUAUAAAUACGAAUUUUCAAUCGUUAUUUACUGAUAGUCUUAAUGAUAAUUCGUUACCAUCAAAUAAUGAAAUUUUAACCGAUACAAAUUCUCCAGCGAAUUCAACACGUGAAGAAGUUGUUCAACGUUUAAUCGCAUAUUUAGAUGCGAAGAAAGGUUGUCCUCUAUGGGCAUACGAAGAUAUCACAGCUCAAUUACACACAAUACGUAGUGCAUUACAAUUAACACAGUUUGUUCAAUGGAUUGUUAUCUUGUUUCGUACAUGUGUACCACAAGCAAUGUUAGAAGAACGAUGGAUGGAAUUAGCACUACGAAUAACACUCAGUUGUUCUAGUCGACAUUAUGCUGGACGAUCCUUACAGAUGAUUCGUGCGUUAGGUUUACCGUUAAAUUUUCGAUGGGUUAUCGAUAUACUUUCUCGAUUAGUUGAAACCGUUGCUGAACAUAACGAUGAUAUGCAAGGAUAUGUAACAGAGAUUCUAUUAACUUUAACACAUAACAUCGAUCCAAUACAUAAACAAAUCAGUGGUUUAUUUACAACCACGAUACAACAAUCAUCACCAUCAAAAGAACCAUUAAAUCCUCAUGUAAUUAAUCCUUUGCUAUUAACAAAUAAAAUUGAAGCACUACAAAAUCGUUUAUUUCCAAAUGAUCGCCGGCAACGUCAUCAAACAUUAUUACGUCAGCCAUCUCGUGAUCGUUUAUCAAUUAUUGUUACAAAUUCCGGUAUGGCAACAGCACCGACAAGUCCAAGAAAUCAAAAUAUGAAUACUUCCACAACAUUAAUGGAUGGCCAUUCAACAUCAACCAUAUGUCCAAGUCCAUCGAUGAAUAACGGUUUUCUACUUCGGCCAGAAGAUCAACAACUUUUACUACGUCUUAGUCCCGAAUCAGAUCGUAGCUGUUCAUCAACAACAUCAACAUUAACACGUUCACGAAGUGCACAAAAUGUUCGUCAACAACAAACCUUAUUUUUCAAUACAAUCAAUAAUAAUAAUAACAACAACAACAAUACGAUGUCAACAAAUACAAAUAAUGUUCAAACAUUAGCUGCAUCAAUUGACGAUGCUAAAACUGUUUUAGCACAAUUAUUUUGGAUUGGUACAUGUCUACUUGAAUCCGACUACGAAUACGAAUUCACAUUAUCAGUACAAUUGUUAACAACAAUUAUAAAUAAAAUACAAUUGAAUACAUACGAUUAUGUUGAUCGUAUUAUGAAUAUACUUAAAACAAUAAAAUGGCAACAAUUUCCCGGUUUGCAAUCAUUAGCUUUAAAAGGUUGUACAUCAACAGUAACCUAUGAAUCUACAAUGAUAUUGAUUAGUUGUUUAACGAACAUGCUAACGUCGCCAUUUGUAACAAUCAAUAAUUCUUCAUUGGCGAUCAAUGUUAUUGCUCUAUUACCAUAUAUGAUGUAUAAUUAUGAUAAUCAACAUGUUGUUUGUAUACAAGCAGCUGAAAGAAUAGCUCGAGUAUGUAAUGAACAUGAUGAAAAGGCGAAAUUAACUGAUCUUGCUACGGUAAUGUCAUUAUAUGCACAAGGAAAAUUUAAUUCAACUGCAUCACAAUGGGCGAAAUGUGUUCUGAAAUAUUUAACGGAUGUUUAUGUACAGGAUUCAAUAAAUUGGAUUCGAUUUUUAUGUGAAAUACUUGAUAAUGGCCCAAAUUAUUUACAAUUAUCAAUCUUAGAUAUAUUUUAUCAUCUUGUAACAUUAAUUGAUACGAAAAUGUUGAAUGAUUACGCUUUAUUUAACAAUGAACUUGUUCGAACAUUAUGUAAAUAUGUUAAUAAAGCUGAAUUUUGUAAUGACGUCACUAAAACAUUAAAAUUAUUAAUACAACGCUCAUCAAUAUUAUCAACGCCAAAACAUAUAACAACGAAUAAUCAUUAUAAUACAACACCACUCAGUUCAUUGAUGGGUGAAGUUCACUUUUUUGAUAACCAUAAAAGUAGUAUUGAACUACCAGGUCGAACAUUGGAUAUUGAUUAUAAUUUAUCACAAAUUAUGAAUGCUAUUAAAACAAAAGACCAACAAAAUCAUACAACAUCGAAAUCUUCGGCAAUAGCAACAACUAUGAAUAAUCGUCGGCGACAUGCAUAUAUUGGAACAACAGGAGCUAAUUCUGAAAUGGAUGCAUCCAGUUGGAAACAAAAUGCUGCUCAAUCACAGACAAGAACUCGUGAACAUUUAGUUGCAUUAAUGUUUGCAUGUGGUAAACAAGCUGGUCUUUCAAGAUUACCAUUAAAUCGAAGUGCAAGUGUUGUAUUUAGUCAAACAAGUGAUUUAGCAGAACAACCUCCGAUUGGUAGUUUGCCAAGUUCGAGUAAAGAAUCUAUGACAUCGGAAAAUGUUGAUCAAACAUUUAUAUCAAAACAAUUUGACUUCUUGAAUGAUGAGGAUUCACUUCAUGAAAUGUUUCCAAUUACAACUGAUGGACAAGAUUUUGGUGAUGAAGAUGAUGGACUAAUGACAACAUUUGAUGAUGCUCCGUUGCCUGUUGAAAAUGAGCCACGACCGAAUAGUAUCAGCAAUACAUUACGAAAUUUAUCAUCAGUUGGUGAAUGGUUUGAUCCAUCUAGAAUAAAAUCCAAAUUUCGUGGAAAAUUACCAGUAUUUAAUAGUAACAGUGGAAGCAAAACAGCUUCUCGCAAGCAUAGUGCAAGUGAUUUUAUUCAAAUGACUGAUGUUAUUGUUGAUACAUCGAGACAUGUGGAAGAAUUUACAUCCGCUAUGGAUGCGUCGACUACAACAAAUACAAUGGCAGCAGCAUCAACAACAGGAAGAGAAAGAACAGGAGCUUCAAUAAAUUUUCUGCAUUGCUCACAGAUCGUAGAUAGAGUAGAGCCGAAAAAAAUCAAAAGGAGAGCACCGAGCAAAUGCUGGACAUCAUGGCCACGUGAAGAUAUGCCUGAUCUAGGCGUUUCUCAAAAUUAUCAUCCAACUGGACUUUUACAUAUCAUUACAAUGAAUAAUGAAUAUAUUGAAGAUGCUUGGCAAACACAUUCUAGAAAUUUAAUCGAUGAAAUCAACCCAUCUGAUAGUGUCAAAACAUUUUUAUUAUUUCGACGCUUGUUUAAGGAAAUUCGACGACGAUUAUUUAUAUUCGUUCACGAAACUUGCCAUUGCCUUUCCAUGGAUAAUCGUUUCCGACAAACAGUUUCACAAUUUGUUCAUAUGCUUAAUAUUUUAAUGGAGAAUCUUGAUUGUACAUUAGUUUUCGUUGAUGAAAAUAUAAUGAGUAUCAAUCAAUUAUUAAUAAAACAUCGUUUAAUUAUAUCAGAACUAAAUGAAAAUUAUGGAAAUUAUAUGUCAAAAAAAGCUUUAGCAAUCGACUGUCUAGAUUCAAUUAAAGCCAAUCUUAAAUUACAAUCAUUAGGUGAACGAGGCUAUGAUAAAUUUGUUUCAAAUGAACAAAAAAUUCAUAUGUGUAAACACCUUUAUAAUUUAUUUUUUCAAGUCAUAACAUUAGCAGAAAGUUAUUCAAAAUUAGUUCAUAAUUUAUUGCCCGUUGCACGUGAUUCAACAAUCAAUGUACGAAAUUUAUCUGCAGAAUUUACAUUAACAUUCAAAGGUUUAAAUGACUUUCUAAGUGAUCUACGUUCGGGUAAAGAAGAUCAACCAACAAUUGAAAAAAAUAAUCUACCAAAUCGUGAAACAGCUAUUGCUUAUAUAUUUCAAUGUUUACAUUCAAAUACAUAUUCAAAUGCCAUUAAAUAUCUUCGAUCAGCGAGAUCACUGUGGCCCGAUGACUUCGGUGAUGAACAUAAUGAAAUUGAUGUUGCACUUACAAUCUUUUAUGAAUCAUUGAAAAAGACUCACACAGCAGCAAAUUUACUCGUCAUUCUUCACCAAAACCCACCGGUUGCAGAUAUUUGUCAUCGAUUAUAUGAUCUUAAUUUAAAAAUUCUUUCAUCAACACCUGAUUCUCUUUGA